GCAAGCUCUCUCGCUCGGUCUUUCUCUGGGGAAGCUACUCAGCACAGUUGCAGAGAAAGCAAAGACCCCGCUUCUCUUGCUUUCACCGGGAUUUGUGGGUGUGUGUGAUAUUGUGAUUUUUCGAGCUCCGAUUUGCGCUCACGCCUUGUCCCUUUCCCACUCAGGUUGAGUCGGACGCUGUCUGGCUUUCAUUUAUGUGUGUGUGCUUAGCGAAGAAACUCAACGUUGGACUGAGAAAGGUUGAAAAUUUUUUGGGCUUGACACGAACCCCGGCGUCGUGGUUCAUCAUGAUUUGAUUUGUUCAAAUUCGAAGGCUUUCAAAGCGGAUGAGCUACUAUGACGACUGGUCUGAUUCCGGCUGCUUCCUGACUGUCUCAAGAUUUUAGUUGCAACCCUCGUCAGAAAACGCCAAACUGAGCAUAAGGAAGAGUAGUUCGUGGCAGCUGCUUUCUCCUGAAUGUCUUACGACUUUGCAAAGCAUCUGGUCCUUUUAUUGUGGUGGUGAUAUCUUGUUCGUGCGUAGGAAUACUUUUGUUGGUUUUUCUGCUUUGGAGAUCAUAGUUGGGAUGUGGUGUUUGGUUUAGUUUGUGGAGUAAUGGACGAGAAGGAAGGAGACAACUGGAAGGACUUGGUGAGAAAGAUGCUCCCACCACGAGCCUCCCUGCCCGACGAUGCUACCAAUCUUGAUUACUCCAUCGCCAUGGAGUACGAGGGUCCGCCGGUGCCUUACGAGGUUCCUCGGAUCGAACCAGUUGAUCUUAACCCUCGGCUGAUACCCACAGCAGAACCCUUUUCGGAAUCACACAGGACCGAUGCUAAUGCAGGUCCUCCAGUUGUCGAACCAAUCUCGCUUCCGGUUUCUCGCAUUGCCCAUGUCAUGAGCUCUCCUGUCCAAAGUCCUAGGGUAUCGGCAAGUUCGGAAUCGGUAGUUUCUGUAUUGCAGCAUCCCGAUUCUUCCUCGGCUUCCCCUAGCAAUUCUCCUCAUUACGACAGCGGCCUGCCAGAUGAACUUCCUAAUCAAUUAGUUAGGAGAGCACCGGUGGUAACUUUUAAUACUGAUGAUAGAUCGGAGCAGAAAGAGGUAGAUGGGGAGGAGCCUAAGUUUUCUGAGUAUGUUGCGGUUUCAAAAGAGAGCAAGAAGAAGAAGAAGAGAAAAGAAUGCUACAGAUGUGGAAAAGGCAAGUGGGAGACUAAGGAGUCGUGCCUUGUUUGUGCUGCUAAGUACUGCAGCAAUUGUGUGCUUAGGGCCAUGGGUUCGAUGCCGGAAGGGCGUAAAUGUGUGACUUGCAUCAGUGAACCGAUUGAUGAGUCCAACCGCUUCAAAUUGGGUAAACAUUCUAGAGUCCUAUCUCGGUUGCUCAGUCCUUUGGAAGUAAAGCAGAUUAUGAAAGCCGAAAAAGAAUGCGCCGCGAAUCAGCUCCGGCCGGAGCAGCUGAUUGUGAAUGGAUGCCCUUUGAAGCCGGAGGAAAUGGCUGAACUAAUCGGGUGCCCUUUGCCUCCACGAAAGUUGAAACCAGGAAAAUAUUGGUAUGACAAGGAGUCUGGUCUCUGGGGGAAGGAAGGAGAAAAGCCAGAUAGUAUCAUUAGUUCAAAUCUGAAUUUUACGGGGAAGCUUAGGCCGGAUGCAAGCAAGGGAAAUACUGAAGUUUUUAUGAAUGGGCGAGAAAUAACAAAACUUGAACUGAGGAUACUUAAGUUGGCAAAUGUCCAAUGCCCACGGGACACACAUUUUUGGGUCUAUGAUGAUGGUCGUUAUGAGGAGGAAGGUCAGAACAAUAUCAGGGGAAACAUUUGGGAAAAGGCAUCAACAAGAUUUGUCUGCACCUUGUUCUCUUUACCCGUGCCCCAUGGUCAACCUCACGGAUUGCGUGAGGAAGCUAGCAAUUAUACUACUAUUCCAAAUUAUCUGGAGCAGAAGAAGUUACAGAAGAUUCUUUUACUUGGACUUCAGGGAUCUGGAACAAGCACAAUCUUUAAGCAGGCAAAGUUUCUUUAUGGAAACAAGUUCAAUGCAGAUGAACUGCAAGAAAUUAAGUUGAUGAUCCAGAGCAACAUGUACAGAUACCUUAGCAUUUUGCUCGAUGGCAGAGAGCGCUUUGAAGAAGAAGCCCUGUCUAGGAUGAGAAACCUAAAUUCCCACAAUCAAGCUACUAAAGCGGGCGGAAGCGUUGCGUCACUUGUAGAUAGUCCCUGUGUUUAUUCCAUUAACCCAAGGUUGAAGCAUUUCUCCGACUGGCUUCUGGACAUCAUAGCUACCGGAGAUCUUGAUGCUUUCUUCCCCGCAGCAACACGUGAGUACGCUCCAUUGGUUGAAGAGUUGUGGAGGGAUCCCGCGAUACAGGAGACAUAUAAGAGAAGGAAUGAGCUUCAUUUCCUUCCUGAUGUUGCAGAAUUCUUCUUGAGUCGGGCUGUUGAGGUAUCAAGCAAUGAAUAUGAACCUUCAGAACGAGAUAUAGUAUAUGCAGAAGGUGUCAGCCAAGGAAACGGUUUAGCCUUCAUGGAGUUCUCAUUUGAUGAUCGUAGCCCAAUGUCCGAAACAUACACGGAUAAUCUCGAUCCUCCACCCCUGCCUUUGACCAAAUACCAGCUCAUAAGGGUAAAUGCAAAGGGGAUGAACGAGGGAUGCAAAUGGGUUGAGAUGUUCGAAGACGUGCGAGUGUUGGUCUUCUGUGUUGCCCUCAGCGACUAUGAUAAGAUGUCACUUGCUACAGACAACAGCGGCAGCGGCGCACUACUUCAGAACAAGAUGAUGCAAAGCAAGGAACUCUUUGAGACGGUUGUGCGACAGCCUUGCUUUAAGGAAACACCCUUUGUGUUGAUAUUGAACAAAUAUGACCUUUUCGAGGAUAAGGUCAACCGUGUAUCGUUAAGUUCCUGUGAGUGGUUUAACGAUUUCAGCCCCGUGCAACCCCACAACAAUAACCAGUCAUUGGCCCAACAAGCUUAUUACUACGUCGCGAUGAAGUUCAAAGACCUCUAUGCUUCCCUCACCGGUCGUAAGCUUUUCGUGUGGCAAGCUAGAGCGAGGGAUCGAGUAACUGUUGAUGAGUCGUUCAAGUAUAUAAGAGAGGUUCUCAAGUGGGACGAGGAGAGAGACGACAACUACUAUGGCGGACAGGAGGAUUCGUUUUACAGUACAGACAUGAGCUCUUCUCCAUAUAUCAGGCAAGAGUAAUACGAGGACUCAUCUGAGAUUCAGUACAAGUGUAACAUAGACAUGAAACGGGAGGUAAGCGCAUAUAUUGAUUGUGUUUUAUGUUGUAAGCAACACUGGUUUUGAUUGACUAACGAAUAGCAAGUUGGUCAGUCUUGAGGCUCCACUUCAGGUUCUUGGUGUGUUGUAGAACAAUAGAGAAUGGAGAUAGCCGAAACUGUCUUCGAGCUGGAGUCGUCACAAUGGGGUGUUGUUUGUAUUUCUAGUCCUUUUCUUUAUUUUUUUUGGAUCUUAGUCCCUUUAUUUCUUCGAAAUACCCAAUGGGAAUGUAUAUAUCACGAAGAGAUUCAAGUAAGUGUAUUUUUAGCUGAGGGAA